AUGAUUCCUGAAAAACUAAGUAAAAUUAAAAUCUACCUUGCCUUUAAUCAAAUUCUAGAUAUUCCAAAUGAAAAUAAGUAUUUCUAACAUCCAUGUCUAAACCCAAAGAGUGGGAAAUGCACAGCUGAUGAAUAUUUCAAGGAGAUUUCAUACCAGAUUGAUCUCUAAGAACUGUAUAAGAUUGUGAGCACUUGCUAUUUCUAAGACGAUAUGAAAUACUACCCUGUUAUCUUAGAAGUUAUGCCUUAAAAAGUAAGAGAUUCAUUCAACGGAUGCAAGUACUUGCUAUAAGUUUGGGAUAAACAGAACUAUGUUGACUUCUGGGCAAUCUGCUAUUAAUAUUUAAUUUAUCAAGUUAAAGAUGAUGAUUUAAUACACGGAAAAGGCACAUUAAGUAUUAACAUAUAAGCUAUGACAAUGGGAUACUAACAGAGGCUAGUGAUAACUUAUUGUAAGCAAUUACAUUGA